AUGGUUAGGGGUUCCUCAGCCGACCCCACCAAAGUGUGUAUGGCCCAGCUGGAGGCUGCAGAGCAGUACCUAGCUGGGAUCUACAAGCUAGCUUGUAGUUUGCAGGGAAAAUCGGACCCAGCUAGCGUUUCAAUGUUCAGAGUCCGUUUUGAGGACUUAAAAGAGAUGCGUGACCUAUAUCGGGACGCCUACACGAGCCUGAAGGGUCUGUCGGUUGAGGAGUCCGCGCUGGAACAGGCUGACCAUAAUUAUAUAAAAUUCUGUGAGAUGGUCUAUUCCGUGAAAGUGAUAGCAGAGGGAUUUUUAUCGACUAGCAGCGGUACUCGGGUGGAGCCGAGAUCAACUCAAUUUCAACUACCCAAAAUAAAUCUACCGAGUUUCUCGGGUGUCUACACCGAGUGGCCCAACUUCAUAGGGUUGUUCGAUAGCCUCAUCCACAACAAUGAGGGUCUGUCCAGUGUACAGAAAAUGCAUUACUUGGUCGGCGCAUUGGAUAGGGAACCUCUCGCCUUAGUUAAGCACCUGCAGUUGUCCGACGGAAACUAUAGUAUUGCUUAUCAGCUUCUCAAGGAGCGCUAUGAAAAUAUAAGAGGCUUAUAG